AGUUGCCCAUAGAGAGCAACUAGAGAUUACUAUGGAUUAUGCAAAUCUGCCUGAUGUGUCAGACAGAAGUCGCUCUAAUAAACACAGCCAAGGGGCUGCUGCUGCUGCACCAGGGAGAAAACUAGCCAGACUGGUUGCUGUUAGCUUUGGACUCCUGUGUAUCCUCCAAGCUGCCAUCAACAUCUCCCUACGUUUUGCUUUCUACAGUAAAACAUCAUGUAUUAAGACAGUGGAGACCGAAGAGCUGAAAAACCUCACUGAUCAAUAUUUUCAACAAGGAUGGGUCUAUUUCCGCCCAAGUUUCUAUUAUAUUUCCUCUAUUGCGAAAUCCUGGAAAGACAGUAGAGACGACUGUUUACAGAGAGGUGCAGACCUGGCAAUUAUCAACACCAAAGAAGAGCAGGACUUUACAAGAAACUUUAAAAAAGUCAUGUGGAUUGGAUUAAUUGAGACAGCCAUGAAAGGGACAUGGAAAUGGGUGGAUGGGACUCCACUGAGCAAAAGUUACUGGGGACCUGAUGAACCCAAUGGUUUUGAAGGAAAAAAUGAAGACUGUGUCGAAAUAAAUUUUUUUGAUUUCGAAAACAGCUGGAAUGACAUACCAUGUGAAAAUCAAAACUUCUGGAUCUGUGAAAAGAAACUGGUUUCUUAAGUAAGCCAGUAACAUCGUGCAAAUACACUUCCUCAUCUGAAGGCUUAAAAUCACAUUUCAUGUGCAAAUGCCUAAAAGCUGUCUCACAAUCCUUUGACUGCAUACUGCAUAUGUGAGCAGUGAUAUUGCAUAUGUGCAUAUGAACAUGUGAUAUUGAUGAGAUAGUUUUGCUGUUUUUCAAACUCACACACACAAUUUGUGAAGUGCAGUAAGUUUGAUCACACAGUUCAACAUCUUAAAUGACUAAAAUAACUAACUACAAAGUCUGGUUGGUAUGUUUAAUUGUCUGCAAUUUCUCUUUUUACAUGUUGAAUUUUCUUUGCUGCAUAACAAGGACGACUUUAACAGCACUCUUACAAAUACUCAGAACAAGAACUCACCGAAGAUCUAAGAGUUGUAGAUUGAAGUGGAAGAUAGAAGUUGAGAAAGUCUCUCGGAUCCAUUUAUAAAACAACUGCAGAUUUCAAGAUAAUUGGUUCAAACAAAUGUGUAAAAGUACAAGUUAUUCCAAAGAGUAACCACUUUGCCAAGGUCUCAAAAUAGACCUACACGCUCACAUUUAAAUGUGACAAAAAUGCAAGGAACUAAGAAAUCAGGAAGGGCACAAAUUGUUUUUUCAAAGCACUGUAUGUAACGGUCAAU